AUGGCGGCUCCAGGCAGCCGGAGACGACAUGAGGAUUAUACCGUUGGGUUCGUCUUUGCCAUGGAGUUCGAGAUGAGUGCCUUUCGUUACAUGCUAGAUCACGAGCAUCCCCGCCUGGCAUUCAAGAAAGGUGACCCAAACGUGAAAGGUGCUGCUGCGACUGUCGCCGCGAACAUGGAACGUACUUUCCCCUCUCUUGAGUGGCGUUUCCUCGUCGGCAUCGGAGCGGGUGUGCCCAGCAAAGAACAUGACAUACGUCUAGGCGAUGUAGUGAUCAGCAUGCCAGAAGGACAAUAUGGCGGUGUUGUUCAGUACGACCUAGGGAGGGAUACCGAGGACUCUUUCGAGCUCAAAGGCUUCCUCACACCUCCACCAACGAUUUUGAGGAACGCUGUCACUGUGAUGCGGUCCAACAACCUGGCGCCGGGAAACAAAAACUGCAACAAAGAAGAGGUCGUUGAGAGGCCACUCCGACAGCGUCCGGAUCCCAAGAUACACUAUGGCCUCAUUGCUUCAGGAGAUCGGGUCGUGAAGAGUGCCACCAAGAGACAGAUGACUGUCGACAAGAUAGGCCAGAUACUGUGUUUUGAGAUGGAGGCCGCCGGCAUCGCAACCGAGUACCCGUACAUUGUGAUCCGCGGCGUUUCGGACUACGCGGACUCCCACAAGAAUGACAAAUGGCAGAUGUACGCGGCCGCUACCGCGGCUGCAUCUGCGAAAGAACUACUCUUAGUUCUUGCCCCAGACACGAUGGAUGACAACAAAUUAGGCUUGCCUAUUGAACAUGCUGAGCUAGUUGAUGAUGAUGCUGGAAGAUAUAUUAACGAACUCCCCUUUGACACCAUCUAUUUGUUGAUUGACGCACUGGACGAAUGCAAGGGCCACGACUUACUCGCCGAGUGGAUGGCCGAUGUUGCGAGCAAGCCUGGCUCCAAAGCCAAGUUCAUUGAUCCCGAGUGCAAGAAGGAACUGACGGACAAUGUGGUCCAAUCACAACCGGAUACGAGCGCCAAUACCACCUAUCGCCACACACCAACUCAUGAUGACUCGGAAGCCACGGCUAUUACCUUUUCACCUGACGGCAAGGUCUUUGCUUUAGUGUUACAAGAUGGCACUGUGAAGCUACGGGAUGCGGCAACAGGUGCCCACUCCCAGACGGUGAGCCAUCAUAGCAAGACGGUUACCGUUAUCAGUUUUCACCUAGUGGAGGUGUACUUGCUCUAG